CUGGUGUAGGACAUAUGUCUGACAGGAGGUUCCCAUCUCAUGUAGAGGUCCAGACCUAUGUCUGCAGGAUAAUGAGGAUUUAUCCGUCACUUCUGUGGCCGCUGUGCCCUGGGGGUGAAUGGUAUUUGUGGAUACUGAAGGGUUAGGUGAAGCUGGAUGGGGAGGGGGCUCCUACUGAUGGGGAUGACUGAGGCAUGAGGGGGCCUCAGGAUUACACAAUCCCCCCUCCUCCAUCAGUUUAUAGGCGGUGAGGGUGAGAAACAAAGGAGGAAGCCUCCUCACUCCUCACGUGUUGUCAUGUAAUGUGAUGUGACAUCAGAGCUGAUCUCCAUAGAUGGAGCAGAGAGGGGGCUGUGUGCUGGGGACAGCUCUGGAUGCUGGAGAGGCUUGGCUGCACUCCCUGAAAGCAGAUCCUGUCUGAUGUGCACAAUACCAGGAGCCAGGCGGCAUUACACCCACUGUCUGCAGGAGCCACACACCCAGCAUGAAGAAGAACAUCUCCACAAAGAGGGGCCCUCUGGACGGGACUCAGGCCCCCAGCCAGCCGGAAAAAGUGGGCUGGAUCCGAAAAUACUGCGGGAAGGGCAUCUUCAGGGAGAUCUGGAAAAACAGAUAUGUGGUGAUCCGGGGCGAUCAGCUGUACAUGUCAGAGAAGGAGGUAAAGGAUGAAAAGAAUGGACAAGAAAUUUUUGACCUGAGUGACUACGAGAAGUGUGAGGAGCUGCGGAAAUCAAGGAGCAGAUCCAAAAAAAACCACAGUCGUUUUUCACUUGUGAGAUCCAAACAACCGGGCAACACGGCACCAAACUUGAUCUUUCUUGCUGUCAGCCCAGAGGAAAAAGAAUCUUGGAUCAACGCCUUGAACUCUGCCAUUACUCGAGCCAAGAACCGCAUCUUAGAUGAGGUUACAGUUGAAGAAGAUAGUUAUCUGGCCCAUCCAACCAGAGACAGAGCGAAGAUACAACACUCCAGACGUCCGCCGACAAGAGGUCACCUCAUGGCUGUGGCAUCUACCUCAACAUCCGAUGGAAUGCUGACUUUAGACCUCAUCCAGGAAGAAGAUGCCUCUCCAGAAGAGCAAAGCUGUGAUCAGAGCUUCAGAGUGGACUUGGAUAAGUCUGUGGCACAGCUGGCUUCAAUCCGCCGCAGAUCAGACUCUGAAAACCUCAAGUGCCCGGAAAAGGGAAGGUCAGAAAACCUUCAACAGGGAAAAGACCAAAUACCCUGGGAUAAAUGGGCUUCUCAUCGCGAUUCCUUUGGAAAGGGUACAACCUACACACCUCAGGUUCCCAAAAAAUUGUCCUAUUCUGAGAAGAACAAAUGUGCCUCCAUGGAGGAGAUCUUGUCCCGUUCAGACUCUUCUGGACAGAGACCGAUACCAAAAAAGGUACCAGAGUCAGAUAAGCUGAUGCGAAUACAAGAAUUGAUUGCUCAGAAGAUUGAUAAAACUCAGGAACUUCUCACCGAGGUGAAAGAAUGUGGGGAUGGGAAAAAAAAGGGAAAGGAAUCUUCUGGGAAGGUGGACUCUGAAAAUGCCCUACAAGAAGCCGAGAGGCUAUUAGGAGAAGCCUCUUCCAACUGGAAGCAGGCCAGGAAGGUCCUGCAGGAAAUUAAAGAACUAAGGGACCUAUAUAAACAAGCAGGUCUGCAGUCCCCAGACCCGAAACAGAAACUGAGCAGUCAUUACAGAAAAAGCCUCAUGUGAAAGGCGUGAGCGAUUCGAAUGUUCUCAUCUCCAAAAAGGAAUAUUUCCUGCUUUCUGGCUUCACGAUGCAAAGCCGAGGACCACGGCAAGCUGAGCAACCCGGAAGAGUGGAAAAAUUGGGCUGUCUCCAGGAGGGCCCCUUGGCUUUGCAAUUUUCUUAACCAAUCCACUCAACUUGGGGUGGCUGUACAUGCUGUAGAAUGCAGCAGGCUGUUGAUAUAUAUGCAGGGAGCCCCCGUGGAGGCGCCUGAAUCCAAUAACAUUUGCUUUCAAUCUGCGCAACCAGAAACCUUAGGCACUUCAGUGUUAACAGCGAGUGCUGUCUAAGAGGUUGCGGGUUGUGGGGCAAUUUGGACAAGGCAUGUGACACACUGUAUAGUCCUUGUAGAAUGUGCUAUCCAAUACAGAUUACCCAUUUCCAUUGUUACACGUGUUUACACUUGCUUAGUUACCGUACAUUUUUUCUUCAGGCGGCACCAUAACAGUCGAAGGAAGUCAAUCUCUGACCACUUCAGAACACCUGCAUUAAACUGUAGCAUCAAUUGGUACUAUGACUAUGCACUUUUGUAUCCAGGUGUCUUUACCCUCGAAAUGAUCUGUGAGAAAUUGAUAUGUUCUUGUACGUACCCCUGCGUGAACCAAUAUGACUUAGAAAGUAGUGUAUCAGUUGGGGGAACACUGCUAACAUUAGAAGGCACCUUGGUGAUGUCGGUAAAUAAUAAGUUGAUACAAAUGAAUUAUUACCCACCAAUCCUUCCAUUACACGCUCAUUCCAUUUGGUCUGACAAGGUUCAAAAUCAAAUACAAAUGAAUAUAUGUUCGAUUAUAUUUCCUCAAAGUUGUCACAUUGUGGUAGAGCCGUCUUCUGCUUUGUUUUAGCUGUGAACCGUUUUCAUCUCAAACAUAAAAUUUAAAUAUGUUAUUUAUCAGUCUCAUCCUAUAAAUGUACUAAAGCGGAACAUGCUAAGCUUAAAGGGGUACUCCACUGCUCAACUCACUCCACUGUGUACCUAACACUGGAGUUGGCAGCUCGUGAUGUCAUAGCCCCGCCCCCUCAU